AUGGGCCGCCGCAGAGCCAGAGCGCGGUGCCCGCCGGCCCUCGGAGUGCUGCUGUCCCCCGGCCUGCCGCUGCUGCUGCUGCUGCUGCUGCUCUCGGGGGCUGCGGCCACGGCCACCCUCGCCCUGGACAGCGGCACCGGCCAGGACAGCCAGCCCACGCAGGAAGGGGCGGCGGCGGAGCAGAGCGGGCUCCUGACCUUCCUGGCUCGGUGGCACGCGUGGACCGCCCAGGCCCGGGGCACGCCCAGCCGAGGGGACACGGGGGCCAUGUCCAGGCGGCAGCAGGGUCCGCCCCCUCCGCCGGUCCCGCCCUGCCGGAAUUUCUUCUGGAAGACCUUCUCCUCCUGCAAGUAG